AUGAGUUCUGAGCCAUUUUCCUUGGCGAAGGAAAUUGAGAAAGUAUUGGCAAAGAGCCAACCCGAGAACAACAAGUACGAAGAAGAAGAGGCUUGUGAUUCCUGCGAAAAUGAGGAGGAUAGUACCUCCUUUGAAAAUGAUAACUUUGAAUAUGAUGAAGAAUGUGAAGAAGUCGUUGAAAUUUCGGAAAAUGAAAUGUUGGCCAUGUUGGAUGCCGAGAGAGAUCCCUUUGAUGUCUGUGCACAAAUAUUUGACAAAGAGAAAUUAUUUGGAGAUGAAUAUCACGAAGAUGAAAUAAUUGUUUCACCAAAUUUGACUCUGAAGCAUUUCAGAGAAUUGUACCAAAGAGGAUUUGUGGUCAUUGACAAUUUCAUCGAUUCCGAAGAAGCAAAUGAGAUUUACUCGUUAACAAAGAAAAUUUCUCAUACAUUCAAGCCUGCAUGUGAGUUGAAAUCCAUUGAGGACUCUUGUGAUGAUAAAUUUAGAGACAAUACAGCCAGGUCAGACCUUAUCAAGUGGCUUCAUCCUAAAGAUUUCACUAUGAAUGAAUCACAAAACUCUUCUUCAUCCUAUUGUUCACACUGCUCUGACAACGAGGAAGAUAUUAUUCUUUGGAAAAACAACCAAACUCUUAGACGCAUUGUUCUCCAGAAAUUCAAAGUCAUCCAACAACGCCUCCAUGAGUUUGCUCCGUGUAUUAAGCAUGAGGAUGAAGGCAUGGAACUAAUGUGGUCUCUCUAUAGAGCUACUGGCACUUAUUAUGAAAAACACCGAGAUUCUUUUCCGAGUAAUAGCAAGGAUGAAGGCCCUCUCGAUCAAAGAAAAGUCACUGCUUUACUCUACCUUAACACUGAAUGGAGUGACGAAAAUGAUGGAGGCAUGCUGAGAGUAUUCGUAAAACCGGAAAAUGCCAUCAAGCAUACAGAAAGAAUUGCAAAGGAAAUUAACCCAAUUGCUUGUCGCUUGGUUUUGUUUUUGAGUGGAGCUGUAGAUCAUGAGGUAUUGAAAUCUUUUAAAGAUCGUGUUGCUCUUACUUCAUGGUUCUCGUAA